GUCCUCAACACGUCACCCCCCAUGUUUGCCGUGGACAACUUUCUCACCCCGCUGGAAUGUGAAUUUCUCAUUCACAUGGCGCAGGACUCGUUUGGACCCGCUCCCGUCGUUGGCAAGGGCGCCGGCGAAGUCUCACCUUCCCGUACAUCCUCCACGUGUUACCUCUCUCGCGAAGACUUGCCCGACCUCAUGCGCAAGGUAUCCAGUCUCACGGGCAAACCGAUCGAACACUGCGAACUUCCCCAAGUCGGACGCUACUUUCCUUCCCAACAGUAUCUACAACACUACGACGCCUUCGACUUGGGCACGGAAGACGGUCUUCGCUUUGCCGCCAACGGCGGUCAACGCACAAUUACUGUCCUGCUCUACCUCAACGACGUGGCUCGUGGGGGCGCCACCCGCUUUCCCGCGCUCAACCUGGACGUUCAGCCGCGACAAGGCAUGGCCCUCGUCUUUUUCCCCGCCACCAUUGACGGCAUGCUCGAUCGGAUGGCCCUCCACGCCGCCAUGCCCGCCGUCGAUACCAAGUAUGUCUCGCAAGUAUGGAUUCGACAAGGCCAUUAU